GUUUCUUUGGCGUGACAUUCCUGGUGUCCCAUGAGGGCUGGUCGGCUGCAACCGCCUUCUACGUAGUCGUGCAGAUCGUCACGACCAUCGGCUAUGGAGAUAUCACGAUUGAACACGGAGGCAAAAUCUUUAUGACUGUCUACGUGCUGCUUGGGACCAUCAUCGUGGCCAAGAUCGUGAACGACGGCGCUGAGCACGUGUUGCAUUCAGCCAGUCGGCGAGUGGACGAAAGCCUGCACCAUCUGGAGCACGCCUUCACGGCGCGACUCUAUGUGCAAGGCUUUUUUGUGGCCACCUGGGUGUGGUACUUCGUGCUGGCGGAGGGUUGCAGUUGCUCCUACGGCCACACGCGGGUGGAAGGCUGCGAGGAGGUUCGGUGCCUGGAGACCAACGGCGUCACCAAGUCCACCAUGGAGGCCAUUUACAUGGCUGUGACCACCUUCUCGACAGUGGGCUUCGGUGAUUAUUCGCCCUCCUCCCGCCUGGGGCGGGUUUUAGGCUCGAUUUGGAUGAUUCUGGGCGUGCUGUCCUUUGCAGAUCUCGUCUCAGCUGUGGGCGAGGUGCUCUCCGCCCACCAGAGGUACUACCGAAACAAGCUCCGGCUGCUCCGGCAGGGCUUGGACCCAAAUGGAGAUGGCGUUGUGGACAGGGCGGAGUUCAAGCUCUACAUGCUGCUGCGCCAGGGUCGCGUCAGCGUAGAUCAGCUCGAUGCCCUUGACCGGAUUUUUACCCAGAUGGAUGUGGACGGCACGGGGAGGCUGUCCUUUCAAGAGAUUCUCGGCAGGCGAUCCCCCAAAACAGGCUGGGCGUCUCUUUCAGGAGGGAGGCUCAUGGAAACUUGGAUCGUAUUCGCUUGGGUUCAUUUUCAAUCAAUCCUCAAUCCAUUUGAGAGAGGGAGAUGCUCCUGA